UUGUUCAAGAACAAAGCUACAGCCAUGUUCACAGGCAUCGUCGAAGAAAUCGGAGUCGUCUCCGAGCUGAACCCCAACGACGAGACGGGCGGCACCUCGCUCACGAUCUCUCUCCCCGCGGUCUCGACCCUGCUCUCGGACUGCCACCUCGGCGACUCCAUCGCCAUCAACGGCGUCUGCCUGACGGUGACGCAGUUCGAGACCGGGGACCCGGCGCCCCGGUUCAAGGUCGGCGUUGCCCCCGAGACGCUGCGCAUCACCAACCUGGGCUCCCUGGAGAAGGACUCGCGCGUCAACCUCGAGCGCGCCGUCCGCGCCGACACCCGCAUGGGCGGCCACUUCGUCCAGGGCCACGUCGACACCACCGCUGCCAUCCUCGCCGUGACCCCGGACGGCAACGCGCUGACGUUCCGCUUCGCGCCGCGCGAUGUUGCCGUGCUGCGCUACAUCGUCUACAAGGGCUACGUGGCGCUCGAUGGCACUAGCUUGACCGUAACCAAGGUGAAUGACGAGGAGGGUUGGUGGGAGGUCAUGCUUAUUAGCUACACCCAGGAGAAGGUCGUUGUCGCCGGCAAGAAGCCUGGCGAGACUGUGAAUGUUGAGGUCGAUAUGAUGGCCAAGUACGCCGAGAAGAGCUUGGCGGGCUACUUGAGCGGCUCUGGAGGUGUUCCGUUGGAGAAGAUGGUGGAGCGUAUCGUGGCCGAGGGUUUGGGAGGAAAGUCUUGA